AUGUUUGCCCACUUAAAGAAAGUCAUUACUGAAAAACACGAAGAUAUCGACAUCCUCAAGCACGACCGCCUUUACAUCAGCCGGUUUCCGGGGCGCAAGUACGAGAUCUAUGAUGCCCGCAAGAACCUCGUGGGCUCAAUCAAGCCCCGCGGCGAUUUGGUGAUUUCCAGCGACGUUCCCGAAGCCAUUGGCUCUCAAGGGUACGUGGUACUCGACCACAAAGAUGAGCUCCAGCUUGUGGUGGACAUGGACGACUUGACCCGAGUAUUUGCUCCCACUGGCAACGGCAAAAUAAAGCAAUUAGGAGUGCUGAACAAAGACGGCCACAAGUACUACCUCUACAGCGGCGACUCCAAGGACUCGUUGACUAAGUUUGGGUACGCUACUGAUAAAAUGUACACGUUAAACGUGUAUGACAUUCACGACCAGUUAGUGGCACAAUUGACUGAGACUAACGAUAUCCCCACCAGCAACAAGGCCAACUUCGAUGUCUCGUUUGGCGAGAUUGAAAACCACCUUUAUCGAGCAGUGGUGUUGGCCACGUUGUUAAGUGUCGACUGGUUCUUCUACAUGGGCGACCAGGGGGGUUCGUUUAUUAAGCCGGUGGCUCAGGACAUUGUCGAUGAGGAGAUGGGGAAACUCUACACCACCAACCUCAAGACGAGUAACUAA